UUCAAUAGGUACCAAACUACCCCUGUGUAACAAGGUAAUGAUCUGCUGGUUUGUAUUGGAUAGGUCAAUACGUGAUUUCAAAGCGAAAUUUCACCAUCGAUAUCUCUGCAAUACGUCAAUGUUCCUGGGUCCUUGAAGUUGAGUCAUGGCCGACGAUCCGUUUGAUGCCCCACGUUGUGUCGGAUUUUUUAUUCACAAUUUUCGAAAUAUAAAUGGCAUUUUCAGCCGCAAUAUUGUCAACGUCCGUCUUCCAAACUACUUACGAUAUUCGGUAUCAUUGGAAAUCAAGAAUCCCCAAUCACUAUAAAUCGUCUCAUCAUGAGGAACUCGUCUCUCGCAUAUCACGAUCCUGAGGUAUUGGGCCCUUCACAACAAAGUAACCUUGAAAAUGAUACCCUGGAGCCUCGUGAGGAUCAACCACUUCUACAAGCUCCUGAGGAAGAUAAUUGGAAACCUCCUCGUGGUUUCACCUGGAUUCAGCUAGCAAUAAUGUCUAACGUCUUCCUCUACGGCCUCGAUAGUACCAUCACCGCUGCGACUUAUGCCGUAAUCAGCUCCGAGUUCGAUGCCGCAAACACAGCUUCAUGGUUAACUACAUCAUAUCUCGUCACUAGCACGGCGUUCCAACCUCUUUACGGGAGAGUAUCUGAUAUAUUUGGGCGACGUUUGUGUUUCUUUAUUUCGACAAUUACGUUUGCCUUUGGAUGUCUUGGAUGUGGUGUUGCGAAAAACGUCAUCUUUCUCAAUGUCAUGCGGGCAUUGACUGGGUUUGGUGGUGGAGGCUUGAUGACAAUGGCUACUAUUGUAAACUCAGACAUGAUCCCAUUUCGAAAGCGUGGCAUGUACCAGGCUCUUCAGAACGGUAUUUAUGGCUUUGGGGCUAUUUCUGGAGCUUCUUUUGGUGGCUCGAUUGCCGACCAUAUUGGUUGGAGGUGGUGUUUUCUCUUUCAAGUUCCAAUCUCAAUCUUGGCACUGAUCAUUGGAGCUCUAGUUGUCUCUGAUCAGUCUGGAGGUUUUUCGCUCGAUGGCAACCUAGGUACUGUCUGGCACAGAGUCGACUUCUCUGGAUCUCUUCUCCUCGUUGUAGCUAUUUCAGUUCAACUUGUGGGACUUAGCCUUGGAGGAAACGAGCUUCCCUGGGGUAGUCCUUGGGUAAUUGGAGCCUUGAUUGGGAGUGUUUUCUUGUUUGCUCUGUUCCUACUCGUCGAGGAAAAGACGAGUGCCAUCCCAGUUAUUCCCCUUCGCUUGCUGCAAGGGAGGUUACCUAUUGCAACGCAGUGUGCAAACGUCUGCGCAGGCAUGGCUGCAUAUGGGUACCUAUUCAUGCUUCCGCUUUUCUUUCAGGUGGUUCUGCUUGACUCAGCCACCACAGCCGGCGCUCGACUUGCAAUUCCAUCACUGGCGACUCCAAUUGGCGGUCUUAUUGCUGGUGUGGUAAUGUCUCGUUGGGGCAAGCUACUUGCUCUUGUACGCACUGGAGCUCUGCUCAUGGUGUUGGGCAACGGCUUGGUGACCUUGCUCCAAUUUCAUGAUUCGAAAUGGAAGUAUUUUGUCUAUGUCUUUCCAGCAAACCUUGGUCAAGGUAUUAUUUAUCCGGGUAUACUGUUCACUUCGCUCGCCUCAUUUGAUCACGCCGAUCAUGCUGUCACGGCCUCAACAGUGUACCUCAUCCGCUCACUGGGAACUGUCUGGGGUGUUUCAGUCACAUCUGCCAUCGUGCAGACUACACUUAGCGUUCGUCUACCGGAUGCAUUGAGUGAGGUACCAGAUAAAUGGAGAGUUAUUGAGAAAAUUAGACACUCUGUUGACUACAUCCGUCAACUGCCUCCCGAUGUGCAACUCAAGGCACGUCUGGUUUACUAUGAUGGUUUGAGGUAUGCCUUUGGUGCCUCGACUGCCGUAGCCCUUCUAGGACUCUGCGCCGCCUUAACUGCCAGCGGAACUGGCCUUCGAACAACUCACAAGUAGUCAGUGAUGCUCGAGACUUUUGACUUCGCUCAUGGUCAAAUGAGUCUCAACUUCCUGCAUGCAAUCAAAUUUCUCUUGGCAAACAUUCACUUCGCUCGUGGUCAUGGACAUGGUCCCAAAAUUCCUCAGAUAGGAUCAAUUCGAUUGUUACACUAUCACUUGCAAGCAAAGGGAUCAGCCCUCGAAGACUGUCUGUACCCGCUGAUCAGGGUAAUAUCCAAAUAGACAAAAAGGGCUUAAUGCCCUUUGUUCAAUGGCCAAAAAGUGUGGUUCCGCCCGGGAUCGAACCGGGGACCUUCUCGGUGUUAACGAGAUGCCAUA